AUGAUAGGAUAUUAUGUAAGACUUUACAACACGCAAAAUCCGCCAGAUGUCGUUUGGGAUGAAGUCCAUUUCGGAAAUUUUACAAAUGGCUACAUUAAAGGCGAAUAUUUUUUUGAUAUCCAUCCGCCAUUCGCCAAAUUACAAUUUGCCUUCUGGGAUUGGCUUCAAGAGUACAAUGGAAGCAUAAUGUUUGAAGGAUACGACAGAGGAUACAAAGAUGAAAAUUUCAUUUCUCUUAGAAUUACUCCUAUCAUGUACAGCUCAUUAGUACCAUGCAUGAUCUAUGUUGCAAUGAGAUCAGCACUAUUUUCGAAAAUUGCUGCAUUUACUUCGGGAUUUUUAAUCUCAAUUGAGACUUCUAUGAUAGCAGAAGGAAAAUUUCUUUUUACAGAUGGCACAUUACACUUUUAUACGAUGUUUAGUAUGAUAUUCAUUAAUCUUUUCCUAUCAAAACAUACAAGAACGAAAGAAUGGUGGAGAUGGAUGAAAAUUUCAUCAUUUUUCAUGGGUCUCGCCUUCUCAAUUAAGAACACUGCACUCUCUCUUAUCUUUCUAACAGCUUAUACUCAAAUUGUUGAAAUUAUUAUUUUCCGAAAUUUCGAUUUUGACAUAGAUUUAUAUGCAGAAGUAUGCUCAAGGAUAUGGUAUUCACUUUGGCCAGGUCUCCUCAUUCAUUUUGCAAUUUGGGCCUAUCAUUUUACUGUAUUACCAUAUGGAACCGAAGAUGUAUUCGAUUCCGACUGGGAAUCCUACAGUUUGAUUGAUAGAAAACGAGAUAAUGAGACUGCUUUCAUACAAUUUGUUCAUUGGCCGCCUUUAACUCUCAGAGUUUUAGAUGUCAUUUCAAGUACUUUCAUUUCUAAUGGCUUGAACUUUGAACCGCAUGAUAGUAUGUCAAGGCCAUUCGAUUGGCCGCUGCUACUUGAUAAAUGGAUCAUGUAUUACCCUAGAUGGCAAGGAGAUUUCGUUUGCUGUGGCAAUUUAUUCGUAUACGUCAUGACAUUUUCAGGAGUUAUACUUAGCAUGCUUGGAUUCUGGUCAAAGAAACAGUUUCCUUACGCAUUAAGAUUUAUUGUUGGAUAUUGGGUUUCAUACUUACCAUUUUAUGGUGUUCCACGUACAAUGUUCUUGUACCACUACCAUGUUCCACUUAUGUUUGCUUCUUGUUGUCUUGGCUGUGCUUUAGAUUUGUGGCUUCCCAAAUAUUGGAAAGGAUUUGCCUGUGUUUUCAUCAUCUUCGCAGGACUUGUUGGCUAUUUCAUCAUUAACCCAUUCAUUUACGGAAAUGGAAGAGUUAACAGAGAAUGGAGACUUCUAAACAAGUCAUGGAGAGAUGGAAAACCAGGAAGACACAAAUAUUAUGACUACAUGGCUUCUAAAGCUUCCUCUCAAAAGAAAGCAUAUCACGAAAAUGAUCCAAAUUAUACAGAUCCAACACCAGAAUCUGGUAGGAGAGGAAGAGGAAGAGCAAGAAGGAGAGCAAGAAGUUGA